UCUCCGUCCCCCGGCUCCCCCUCCCCCGCGGCGGGGCUCCAGCGCGGCGGCGGCCAUGCAGCCCGCCCGCGCAGAGGCGCCGGAGGAGUCCCGCGAGGGGGCGGCCACGCCGCCCCCGCGGCCGCUGCCGGACGGGGCGCGCGUGAGGAUCGGGCUCUUCCUCUGCCCGUUCGCCAGCAUACCGCGCCAGAUCGACGCGCUCCUUGUCGCGUGGGCCGCCGCCGACGGCGGCGCAGCGUUCGUGCCGCCCGCGACCGUGCUGGCGGACGCCCGCGAGUUGUCGGAGAAGCUCGCGGGGGUGCUCGCGCUGUUCUGCUCCGAGGUGGACCUGGGGCGCCUGGACGGCGCGCUGGCGCGCGUCGCGGAGCCGCCCCUGCAGGGGCUCUUCGCCCGCGCGGCCGGCGCGGCCGGCUCCGAAGAGGAGGCCGCCGCGCUCGGCGCCGCGGCGCGGGAGCUGGUUGCGAACGGCCGCCAGCGGGCGACGGGCUAUUUCUCCGGGCUCCCG